CAUACACACUGUACAUGUGUAGCAUGAAAAGGCUGAGGUGUUUGAGACAACUGCUCCUGAAUUCCAAUGUGGAAGUGCAGCAGUGCCUGCAACAAACAUAGCAAUGGGCCCACAGCGGAGCCACCCAGAGUCAGAUAUUUGAGAGUACAGUUGAGAUUCAUUGUGCUGGACCAUUUUAAGCGUGGCGGCAUUGUACAGGGAACUCAUAUUACUCACACAGGUAUGGCAGGCAUCCUGUUCACUUGGGGUAAGAGUUUAAAUAAGAGGUGGCCAGCUGAUAUCCCCCCGGAGCCCAGACCAUGUUGGAGAGUCACUGCUGACAGUUGCAGCCCAAAGUCUGGAUUAUCAUAACAACCCAGCGACAAGAGGCAACAGAUCACUGGGACACCUGACAGAGAGGCAGUUAUCACUGGAAGGACGAGGCAAAAAAUACAUCCCGAGACAUUCAUCACCAGAGAGCGUGUUGAUAGCAGGCCAGGCUUUGAAUUCCACCGUGCUGUUGAGCAUGCAAGAGCUGACUUGCAAGGCCCUCUAAGGUCAGGCUCUAAGGCCUAGUGAGACUGCCUUGCAUGCCCCACAUAUCAUUAAGGACACCGUCCAUUCCCUGUAAGUUAUUGGGUAGGAAGUCACCUGUCACUAUAAGGCCAACCUCCACAAGCGAGUGUGAGCCACAACCACCAGCAAAUUUACAACUCUCAAAGCACUUUGUAAUCUUUUGCUUGACUGUAAAGUAGACACAGGGGGGUGAGACGGCGUUUCCGAAAGUGUGCGUCUCCAUGUUUAACUGAAAUCAAUACAGUUAUGUGCGGGACUCAAGGCUCUCGGGAGGCAACGGUCAGCGAACUUUUACGAUGGGGGGGAAAAAGUUGGAAAGUUGUAAGAACGAGCAUUAUAUUCAUGUAAGUGUGGCUCUUUGUUGUGCAUAUGCAAAACACAACACUGCGUAAAUGCAGAUCACAUUUAUGGUGUCUUUCGGAUGUCUUGUGUCACACUGGGGUUGACCCUAAUUCCACUUUUCCCCUAAGCAGCUGGGAAUGUAAUACAAUAAGGAAAUUACUCAUCUAAAAGGAACUUGUUGGCUUGUUCUGACUAUGCUGCUCCCAGCUCUCUCUCCCAGGUCAGGUUUUUAUCCACUCGCAAAAAAUUUAAAUGUAAGAGGACUGAAUGACGGCUACAAGAUAUCCAACAAUCUGAAAUUGAAUCCAUGCUGUAUGGACUUUUCUGCAUCUGAAGGAGAGCAUAUACAUAAUAUGACUUAAUGGUAACUCCUGCCUGAUUUAUUGUUUUUUCUCGUUCACCCCUGACUCCAAAUGCAGCAAACUAUUGAUUCUGACAGGACGGUGACAUCACCGCUUGGACAUGAGCAAAUGACCACACGCAAUUAAUAACACGGCCACGUAAACACAUUUGUUACCGAUUGUGUUCAUGAAGGAAUACCUGGCAAUUUCACAAGUGGAUUUGUAUUGACCCUCACCUUGACGCUGACGCUCGGCAGACACAAAAUAUAUAACUCACCAUGUCCCAGCCGCCCAUUCAUUUGCAUCUGAACCAAGGCCAAUGUUGUUUAUAGGACUGCAAGCUUCAUAGAGCAUUGAAUACUGGGUUUUUUGUAAAUGGUUUAGGGCCUGCAGAGAGAGCGAGAGGAGGCACGUGCAAGGUGACCCAAUGACUUUGUGUUGACAGCUGAAGUGUUCAGGAUACGGCAGGUAGGUUUUCAUUUUCAUGGAGUGCCUCACCAGCAUUAACACCUUUCAUCUGGGGCUAUCUGUCAUCUUGUUUACCCUUUUGUAGCGUUUCUUUGUGUUCACAAUGAGAUGUUUACCUGGGGUACUUCCUGUCGCAGCCCAACAUCAUACUCUGACCAUCAGGAACUGCUGCUUGCUGGGUUGUUUGGAGCUGCAUAGAAGCAUGGUCUUUUCAACAAUCUUUCCGUCCGGCUUCAGUGAGAACAGGGGGACAUAGAUCAUCAGGAAAGAUGUUCUUUGUGGCGGGGGCGAAAAAUGCAGCGGCGGCGGGGAGAGGAAAUGAAAGGAGGUCAAUGUACCAGAAAUUUCGUGACGUAGAUAUAUUAGACAAGAAGAAGACAGUGACAGCUCUUAAGCCUGGUGAAGACCGGGCCAUCUUCCUUGGUCUGGGAAUGAUCCUCUCAUCUGUCAUGAUGUACUUUGUCCUGGGGAUCACCAUAUUACGCUCCUAUGCAGACAGUGUGUGGACAGCGGAGGGUGUGUGUGUUGUCCACAACUCCACGGUCACAGCAGACAUGAACUGUUCCUACAACUGUGGGUCAGACUGCUGGAGAGUCUCCAAAUACCCCUGUCUGCAGGUCUACGUGAGCAUCAAUAACACGGGCCGUGUCAGCCGUUUAUCCCACAAUGAAGAGACCCAGGACGCCAGCUCCGAUUGUUUUUAUGUGCCCAGGUGCCAGAGGGACAGUGUUGCCAUGCACACCGUGAUUAUGAACAUCUCAGAGCGACUGAAGGUGAACCAGCAGGUCCCCUGCUUCUACGACCCCACCGAGCAGCAGGAGACCGUCCUCCUGAGCCGGCUGUUCGACCACAGUGUCGUCUUCCACUCGCUGCUCUGGCCCUCGUGCAUGAUAACAGGAGGGGCCCUCAUCAUCCUGAUGGUGAAGCUCACACAGUACCUCUCCAGGCUGUGUGAAGAGAUAGGGAAGAUAAAAAGGUGAAAUCUACGCUCGGCAGCUGCGAAAGCCGGUGAUGGACACGUGACAUGAGAGGGAUUGUUUGAACCAAACCACCUUGCUGUGACCUCUUGCGAAACGUUCCUCUCGAGCUGGGACAUUUGGAACAGCUGAGUUUCACAGCGCACUGAGGAUGUGACUGUUUAUAAAAGUGGAGUGAAUGUUCCGAAGCGGAAUCUGUCAGACAUGUAGUUGGCUCUUAUACGGGGAAAACUAUGACUGGAUUUUGCAUGGUAGUUAAAGCAUUGUAAAAUGUCCUGCUGUUACUUUUCUUUUACAUAGAAGUUCUGUCAUCAUGAAUAUAGUGUAUUUUUUCCACAAA